AUGGUGGCCCCAAGGCCCGCCCUCUCGCUGCUAUUGGCUGUCCUGGCCUGCACAGGGCCCGCCCGCCCCUCGCCCCCCCUGCUGCUCCGGCCCCGGGAGAGAGAGAGGGACUCGGGUGGCGUCAACAUUGCCGUGGUCCACUCGGGCUCCUCCCUGCUCCCGGAGACGGCCGUGGUGGGAGGCGCGGGGGUUGGCGAGCCAGGACCCGGCCCGGGGAACGGCCCAGGAGGAGGAGGAGCUGCAAUGGCGGCGGCGUCCUCCUUGUCGUCCCUGUCGCUGGCGGCGCUGGUUGGAGAAACAGUGAUGACUCCUUCAGGCCAGGCCAACGUCAUCUACCUGACUGUGAACGAGAGCAGCCCGGGCAGCCUGCUGCUGCAGCUCUGUGAGCUGCUGGCCACCACGCCACUGCAGGGUUUGGUGUUUGAGGAGGAGAGACCCCCGCCUCCUAACCGCGCCCCUCUGGCCCCCAUGCUGGAGUUUGUCUCCGCCCAGACUGGCGUUCCCGUGGUCGCUGUGGGGGGAGGGGCCAGUCUGGGACGAGAGCCACAGGAGAGCGGCUCCAUCUACCUGCAGUUCACCUGCUCCACCGCCCUGCAGCUGGAGGUCAUCUUCGAGGUGCUGGAGGAGUACGACUGGACCUCCUUCUCCGUGGUCACCACCCGUCACCACGGUUACGAGGACUUCCUGGCCAUGGUGGAGGGACUGACGGACGGCUCGUUCAUCGGCUGGGAAAAGAAGAGCGUGGUGAUGCUGAACGUGACGGACGACCCCAGCGGGGCGCGGACCAAACGCCUGCUCAAAGACAACGAGGCCCAGGUCCGUCUGCUGUACUGCUCCCAGGAGGAGGCGGAGAUUGUUUUCCGGGCGGCCUGGGCGUCAGGUCAGGCAGGACCCAGCCAUAUGUGGUUCGCCGUGGGGCCAGCGCUGUCCGGUCUGGGCCUGGAGGGCCUGCCCAAGGCUCUGUUCGCCAUCCGGCCACAGGGAUGGAGAGACGAGCCGCGCAGGCGUAUUGCCAAGGGUGUUUCUGUGCUCACCCACGGGGCGAUGGCUCUGCGCAGGGACCAGGGGGCCGCCAGCCGGGCGCAGUACGCCGGCAACUGCCAGUCUGACGGGAACCAGACUCACCGAUAAAAAAGCAUGUCCCUCUGCUGUCCUGUCUCCCCUCACAGAUACUUUACCAACAUAUCCAUCGGAGGACGGGACUACUCCUUCAACAGUGACGGCUACCUGUCCAAUCCGCUGCUCGAUGUCAUCUCCUACACCAACGGGAGAGGCUGGGAGGAGGUUGGCUGGUGGGAGAACGGCCAGCUGCGGCUGCGUUACCACCCCUGGUCUCGCUACGGCUCCUUCCUGAAGCCCCUGGAUGACACCCAGCACCUCCGGGUGGUCACCCUGGAGGAGAGGCCCUUUGUCAUUGUGGAGCCCGCAGACCCCGGCACCAGCUCCUGCAUCCGGGACUCAGUGCCCUGCCGCAUGCCCGUCAACACCAGCCUGGUGGUGGACAGCACUGGGCCCAUGAAGCACUGCUGCAAAGGUUUCUGCAUCGACGUUCUGAAGCGAUUAGCUAAAAUUGUGGGCUUCACCUACGACCUCUACCUGGUGACCAAUGGGAGGCACGGGAAGAACAUCGAUGGGGAGUGGAACGGCAUGGUAGGAGAGGUUGUGUCCAACAGGGCCGACAUGGCGAUCGGCUCUCUCACCAUCAACGAGGAGAGGUCAGAGGUCGUCGAGUUUUCGGUUCCCUUCGUGGAGACCGGCAUCAGCGUCAUGGUCUCCCGUAGCAACGGCACCGUCUCUCCCUCCGCUUUCCUCGAGCCCUACAGCCCAGCGGUGUGGGUGAUGAUGUUCGUGAUGUGCCUGUCGGUGGUGGCUGUCACCGUCUUCAUCUUUGAGUUCUUCAGCCCCGUGGGAUACAACCGCAGCCUGCAGAGCGCCAAGAAGUCUGGUGGCUCUAAGUUUACCAUAGGGAAGUCCAUCUGGCUGCUGUGGGCGCUGGUCUUCAACAACUCUGUGCCUGUGGAAAAUCCUAGAGGAACCACCAGCAAGAUCAUGGUGCUGGUGUGGGCCUUCUUUGCUGUCAUCUUCCUGGCUUCCUACACUGCCAACCUGGCUGCCUUCAUGAUCCAGGAGGAGUACAUUGACACCGUCUCAGGGCUGUCAGACAAGAAGUUCCAGCAGCCGACGGAGCAGUACCCGCCGCUGCGUUUCGGCACGGUGCCAAACGGCAGCACCGAGGAGAACAUCCGCUCCAACUAUCCCAACAUGCACCAGUUCAUGAUACGAAACAACCAGAAGGGCGUGGAGGAAGCCAUUGACAACCUGAAGACUGGCAAACUGGAUGCCUUCAUUUACGACGCUGCAGUGCUGAACUACAUGGCCAGAAAAGAUGAGGGCUGCAAGGUGAUGACCAUUGGCUCUGGCAAAGUGUUUGCUACUACAGGCUACGGCAUUGCCCUACACAAAAACUCACGCUGGAAGAGGCCCCUGGACUUGGCUCUGCUGCAGCUGGUGGGAGAUGAUGAAAUUGACAUGUUGGAGCGUCUCUGGCUGUCGGGGAUCUGCCACAACGAUAAGAUCGAGGUGAUGAGCAGUAAGCUGGACAUCGACAACAUGGCGGGAGUUUUCUACAUGCUGCUGGUGGCCAUGGGCCUCAGUCUGCUUGUCUUCGCCUGGGAACAUCUGGUGUACUGGAAACUGCGGCACUGCAUGAGCCGGUCCGGCGGGAUGGACUUCCUCCUCGCUCUCAGCAGGGGGAUGUACAGUUGCUGCAAGUUUGAGGAUGAGACAGCGCCGGGAGGCAUCAAAAGCUCUUUGCCCCAGUACCACACUAUGUCCGCGAUGCCUCCCGCGCCGCAGCAGCACCUCGUCACGGCAACUGUAACCAACACGACCGCCAUUGCCAUGGUACAGCAGCAACAGCAGCAGAAGCACCAUCAACAGCAGCAACAGGGACCGGCCUACACGACCAUGCUGCCCGGCUCUCCGCCCACUUCAGGACACUCAGCGGUGGCCUUAGGUCCGUCAAACAGCCCGUUAUUGGAAGGCCCCAUGCCCUGCUCUACCUUCUUGCCUCGCCAUGAUCGAAGACUCGCCGUGGUCGAUCGGUGGAAUAGGCCAAAGCCGGAGAAAGUCAUGAGCGUAGGCAGUAGCGGAGGAGUGGGUGUCGGGGGGAUUGCAGGAGGGAUCUCCGAACUUCAAGCCCAGCAGCAGUACCAGCAGAAUCUGGGCCAGCAUUGGACCCUGCCUGGAGGAGGCGCAGGGGGAGGAGGGGGAGGCGGUGAAGCAGGGCUAGAUGAGUACAAGCGCUACUAUGGUCCUAUAGAUCCUGAGGGGCUAGGAGCUAACACGGACCAACAGGCAGGGGGCCCCCAGCAGACACCCAAAGCUAAUCCACGGGGCCCCAAGGCCUCAGGGAUGCCACGUUUGCCUCCCAAAGGCCCCCAACAAGGCCCAGGACAUAUCAUUUCCAAGCCCCCUCCGCCACUCCCGCCCUCCCCUCACCGAAGACCCUCCUUUUGGAGACGAGGAAGCCUGGUCCAGGCAAGAAGGAAAGGCUCUGGUGGGCCCCUGUAUGAGAACAUCCUUCCCCUGGGGAGGCGAGGAGGAGGGAGGUAUGGAGCAAGAGAUGGAGGGGGGAGGAGAGGACGGCGACCUCCCCCACCUCUCCCGCUGCCUGUCCCCCUCUCCUCCCCAACGCACACUCCGACUACACCCUCUUCCCCUUGCCGUUUCUACUCCUCCUGCUCCAGUGCAUCGUCCUCUUCCUCCUCCACCUCUUCAUCAUCGUCCUCUUCCUCCUCCGUCUCACUCUCUCGCUCCAACUCCCCCUCCUCCUGCUCUAGUGAGAGCUCUUACAACUCCUCGCUCAGUUUCCGGUACAGAGCAGGCGACCGGGAGUUCACACUGGAUGAUGACUAUGACUCUGACCUGCUGACGGAGGAGUCAAGCCUUCUGCUGGGGUCACGGCGGAAGAUCCGUUCUCGCCGCAUGUCAUCACGCUCGCUGCCCUGCAGCCCACCACCUCCACCAAUCCCACCGAGGAAGCCACGUCCUCAGAGAGAUUACGCUAGAGAGAGGGCAAGCAUCCAGCUAGCCCAGCUACAGGAGUGGUGGGCAUCAUGGGGCGAGAGAGAUCGAGGACGUGGAGGGACUGCAACCCGGGGAGAUGGAGGAGGGGGGAUGGGGAGGGAAGAGAAGAGGCAUCACAAAGAGAGGGAGCGUGAGAGGAAGCGGAGGAAGAAGGGACGAAAAAAGAAAAAGAGGGAGGAGAGGGAGAGAGAAAGGGAGCGCAAGAGGCGCAAAGGGAAGAAGAAGAGGAAGAAAGAGUUCUGGGGAGGGGGGAACCCAUCCUCCGAUACCAUCCCGUCGGCCUUCCUCCCCUUGCUCCCUCUGUCCUCCAAACGCAGGAAGAGUAAAGGCUCCGACAGGGAGGCCAUAGGGAUGGAAGGAGAAAGGAGGCCUCUGCUGGGACGCAACGGGAGGGGAGGUGAGAUGCACUCCAAGGAGGGCUUGUCCUUCCAUGAGUGGGAGUCAGAGGUGGAGGACGAUGAGGAAGACUCUGAGCUGGAGAGACGGAAAGCAGAGCGAGGGAAGAGACGUGGAGGAGGAGGAAGGACAAUAUCAGAGGAGGAGCGGGAACAAGAUAAGGUAGUCGGGAUUUAUUCCGAUGACGAUGGUUCUUCAGGAGAGUUUGGGAAGUUCGAGAGGUACUGGGAGGGUCAUGAAGGCAGGGCGGUGGGAGGGAUUGGAGGCGGUGGGUGGUUUUUUGGCACCUACCCCUCUCGGGAUAAAGCCGGCAGCGUCAACAGUAGAGAUGACCUGUUUCUGGAGCGAGGAGAGCGAUGGGGGGGAGGAGAGAGCGGAUGGGGGUCCAGUGGGGGAGGAGGUGGCGGCGGUGGAGGAGGAGGCGAUGGAGGAGAAAGAGGCUGGGGAUCAGGGUCACACUGGCCCCCGCCUCCUCUCACGCCACCGCCCCCUCGGCGCUACUGGUCAGUGGACAAACUCCACAUACAGGAUGAGAAGAAGAGUAAGCGGAAGUCAAAGGACAAGGGGAGAGGGUAUGCCGCUUGCUCCUCCUACCAUUCCCCCCACCACCACUCACACUCCCACUCCUCCAAAUGGGCCAGGAUAACCUCGCGGAGUCAGGAGGAGCUGUAUCUCCACUGCCAGAGUUUUGGUGGUCCCCCGAAGUCCAAACGCCACCCCUCAUCAUCCUCCAAACCAGAGCGCUCACAGAAUCCAUCCAAAUCUGGCAGCCAGUCAAACCUCAGUAUCCAGCGGACACAGAGAACAGACAGGGAUCGAGAUCGAGAUCGAGAUCGAGGAAGGCAGCCCUCUCCACCUCCACCUCUCAUUCCCAAUUUACCUCCCCCACUCCCAGCGCUUCCCGCUCCCCCAUCCUCAUCUCACCCCAUCCACGUUCCUCCCUCCACGUCCUCCUCUUCUGUAUCCUCUCCAUCUGUGGUCUCGUCCACCCCGGGGGCUCCCCAGCCCUCCUCCAUGGCUUCGGCAAGUGCCAAACUGCAGUAUCAGCGACUGCGCUCCGUGCCCCAGCCCCAGAGAUUCCCCCAGUCCCCCCACUUACCACUCAAAGCCAAGAGCCUCUGCUCACGGAGGGGCUCAGCCCAUUUCUCCAGCGUGGAGAGCGAAGUGUGA